CUGAAAUCUUUUUGAAACUUUUAAAAUUGUUUAAAAAAUAUGUGUCGGAGUAAAAAUGACAUUUAGUGCCAUGCCUGUAAUGCCAGACCUUCAAAGAUAUUUGCUUAUGAAACUAAAAUGUCCUGAGUUAUUUGCCUGCCCAUUACCUUCUGAGUGCGAAAGGACUUUCGAACUUCAGGCUCAAUAUAUGCUUCCCAGCAGGGAUCAGUGGGGUCGCAGAGUGUAUAUAAUGCGUGUAGAUAACUUCGAUUCCUCGAAAGUCUCGAUCGACGACAUCUUCAGGACCAAUAUCCUCGCUCUGGAACAAGUGGUGCGCGAGCCCGAAACUCAAAUAGCCGGCCUGGUCGUCAUCCUGGACAUGGCGGGUCUCUCACUCCAGCACGCCAAGUUUUUCACCCCCUACUACGCCAAACGGAUGGUGGAGCUCGUGCAAGAGACCUUUCCCUUACGUUUCAAGGGCUUUCACGUUGUUAACAGCUUCUACUUCGACGCCAUCAUGACGGUGCUCAAGCCCUUUCUCAAAGACAAAAUUAAGAAGAGGAUAUACCUUCAUGGGAAUGACAUCACUGCACUCCACGCGUUUGUGUCCAGUGAUAUACUUCCUAUGGAAUAUGGUGGCACUGAUGGUACUUUCGAUAAUAAA